GAGCUGGUUCUACAAAUUGUCUGCCGUGGCACUCCUCACGCAAUUCAUCUGAAGGGGACCUGAAGCCCGUGGACGUGUUCCUGGGGGUUCCGUACGCCGCUGCCCCCACCGGGUCCCAGCGGUUGAUGCCUCCAGGUUCCCCCCCGCAUUGGAUGGGAGUGAAGAUGGCGCACGAGUUCGGGCCCGUCUGCCCGCAGAACGUACCCGAUCCGAAUUCGAGGAAGAUGUCAGAGAGCCGAGCCAUGUACCUGCGUAGACUUGUGCCCUUUCUGCACAACCAGAGCGAGGACUGUCUCUUCCUCAACAUCUACGCGCCGGCCCAGAACAGAGAAUAUAAAGACGACAUCCGAGAAAAUGGAUUAUGCCCGAAAGAAACCACCGCGUGUUUGUGAAGCGACUGUUUUUGUCGAAGUUUCCCUUCGUUUGGAAUGUCGUUCCUGGCAUCGCUUCGACCUGUCGAUAUCGGAUGUUGACGUUUGAACGCUGGAGGCGGCAGUCGAUACAACUGCUUACUGCAAACAAACGUGCUCUUCGAUAAUAGAAAUGGCGUGGCUGUUAUGAACGACGUUACAUGUAACAGCCCUGCAGGAUCGUCGGAUAGCUUCACGAUACGUCACAAACAAUCAGCUGUUUUUAAACAGCGUACACAGAAUAACUUUAAAUAUAUGAUGUCAGCAAUUUUCUGUGUUUUUCUCAAGGCAUUGGCAGAAAUCGUGAGCAGUCUGUUACUAAAUUUUCCGAACUAUGCACUGUCCAGUACAGGUAGACACAAAUGUCGUCCCAUUCCAUUCUGAUUUAAUAUAUAAUUUUGAAAUGAAUAAAAAAAUCACAUACUAUUAAAACCGACUGCUCAUGUGUUAAUUUUCACGUAAGAACGCCAAAAAUACAUGACAGAUUUCGAAGAGAUUCGGUAUUAUAAUCUUAUAUUACAUUUUGAUCCAAUUUGUAUUCAGAAGUUCUGCUUUAAGAACACGUUACUUGGAUGCGUGAUCAUUUUCAUUAAACUGUUUGUGUAAUUAGUCAUGAAAUUCAUUAGUGCUAAUCUGUUUAAUUUUUUUAACCUAAGAGAAGAUACGUCCUGCCUAAAAGAUGUAUUCCUGUUCAUAAUAUGUAUAUUUUUUUAAAGCCUGCUGGUUUAGAUAAUGUACCUCGUGCGUAGGGCUGAUAGGGUUAGUAUUAUCCUCUCGUAUAUACAAAAUUAUCCCCUGUGCUCACUUUCUUUUAGUGUUCUCUCUAAAAAAAUUUAUGUGUAUUUCUAAAUCCCUGCAUGUCCCUUCUGUAU